UCGGGACGUCCUCGUUUAGGCAAGCGUCGACGCUGUAAGACAUCCACCAAACGGCUUUCCGACGACCAAGCAUAUUCAACAAUGGGUAGGGUCAUUCGGGCACAGAGGCGCUCCCACGCAAUCUUCAAAGCGCACACCCACCAGAACAAGGCCCCUGCCCAAUUCCGCCCUCUCGACUACGCUGAACGCAAUGGAUACGUCAAGGGUAUUGUGAAGGAGAUUAUCCACGAUCCUGGCCGUGGUGCCCCUCUUGCCCGUGUCGUCUUCCGGGACCCAUACCGCUACAAGCUCCGCAAGGAGACUUUCAUUGCCACUGAGGGCCUGCACACUGGUGCCUUCGUCUACUGCGGCAAGAAGGCUACUCUCGCUGUCGGAAACGUUCUUCCCGUCUCCCAGUGCCCGGAAGGUACAAUCGUUUGCAACAUUGAGGAGAAGACCGGUGAUCGUGGUGCGCUCGCACGGACAUCCGGCAACUACGCUACUGUUAUCGGUCACUCGCCUGAAGAGAAUAAGACUCGUAUCCGUUUGCCCAGCGGUUCCAAGAAGACUGUCUCUGGCUCUUGCCGAGCAACUAUCGGUAUUGUUGCUGGUGGUGGACGUAUCGACAAGCCUUUGCUCAAGGCCGGUCGUGCAUUCCACAAAUACAAGGCUAAGCGUUACUGCUGGCCUCGCACUCGUGGUGUUGCUAUGAAUCCCGUUGAUCAUCCUCACGGUGGUGGUAACCACCAACAUAUUGGUAAGGCGUCGACUAUCGCUCGUUCUGCCGUCCCUGGUCAGAAAGUCGGUCUCAUCGCCGCUCGUCGGACCGGUCUACUCCGUGGUACGGUCAAGGUCAAAGAGGUGUGAGGGUAGAUCAGGUCGUGCUUUCGAGUCCUAUACGCUUUCGUCUCCUUCCUACAGUACCAUCGUCAUUUUUCGGGCCAAAAAUUUUGUAUGCAGUGUUUUAUGUGUACAUGAUGACCAUGCUAUGCCACAAUAACCCUCUGCACUGUACCACCACUACGGAAUUCUGUAGCCAGAUGAGAACGCUCGGAGAGCUCACUUUCGUAUCAGGUAGAUCCAUC